AUCGAGCAGUGCUUACAUCUGCCAAACACUUGUAGCUGACGCAUAGGCUUGCAAUGGACUCCUAAGCUUAGCACCGUCGCUUCAGUUCUUUACUAUCUAUUACCUUUCAUAUUCUUUGUAGUUCCUCCACUUCCCAUUAGUUCUGAAACCUACCAGCCAAGGAAUCUAAGAAUCGUCAUCCGCAGCAAAUCGCCAGUCAUGAUUAUCUCCAGCUCUCCUCUCUUCAAAGAGUAUGCCCGAACGGCCCUUGAUUCCGCAAACCUUAACAGAAGGGCACCUUGUUCACCCUUAGGCAUUGCGGAUGCUAUUGUACAGCACCUGCUGGACCUUGCAAAGCUUCGGAUCACUCGAUUCAAGAUCAGCAAUGCUACUGAAGAGUAAGCGCAACGCACUCCGUUUAUGCUAUGGCUUGUUAAUGCUUUAGCUCCUUCAAUCUUGUUAUUGAGGGACGCAUGUUUGGGACAGGAACGAUCUCUAGCACCAUCAUAACAACGGAGGCAUCCCUCUCAUUCAACGGGACCGUAUUUGGACAGAUCAAGUUACCCCAAACCCAGACGAAUUUCUGGGGAACAGACUUUGUUGCUCAGGAACAGCGUAUCGAAAUCACCGACUAUACCAACUACUGUGCCUUUAUUCGGAGCAUUAUAGUCGACGAUGCAACCAGCCUUCAACUCGAAAACAACAACUGCACAGUCAGAGCACUUGGUACUUCGUCUAUAUGCAACCUCCGUCUCGAUAUGCCACUCAAAACUAUUGGAGGACCUAGAAUGGCAGUCAAGAAGCUUUCGCGCUUAGGUAAUGACGUGACAAUCGUAUUCGGCUUGAGUUGCUCAGGCCCUGUCGAACUUGACCAUGGCUUUUGUAUUUUCGAGCUUCGAAACGGCCAUAGUGAAACAUUGGCAGAGCUGAAAGGUGAACUGAACAUUGCCACAGGCCAGACUGAACUCACUCUCCAUGGGACAACACGAGAUGGGGCGGUGGCCUCAAACAGAAUCAGGUUUGUUGGAGUCGGGGUGGAAGCGAAAGAGAAAUCAUGGCUCAAUGAGACCAUAAGAGAGAUUGAUGUCCCUGUUGACUUGGAACCGAAAUGCGUGGAGAUAUUGUGGUGCUGAUACACACUUCGGGAAACGGUACCUUGGUGAUAAGGAUUUGAUAUUGGGUCUCUUGUCUAUGGAUCUGACCUAGUUCCGGAUACCUUGUGUUAGGUUCCAUUGGCAUAGAGUCAGAUGUACAAUAAAGGUCAUCAGAUUUUCAGUUUCAGGGUUGGCAAUGGGUUGAACACCAACGUUGGUAAUUACCUCCAAUAAUUUGUCAAG